AUGAGAGGAGGCGAACAAGAUAGCAUGGAAUGGAGAUUUAGGUGGCGUAGAGAUAUCUUUGAUUGGGAGGCUGAGAUGCUUAGGCAUCUAAUAUGUGAAAUUAGGACUGCGACAUUUCCUAAUGAAGGCCGUGACUGCACAGUGUGGCCGGCUGAUUUGUCUAACUGCUAUUCGGUAAAAUCAACAUAUUCUAUUUUAUCGAAAGCCCCCAAUUUUGGUAGUCAAACCAUCGUUAACAAAGUGUGGAAUAAAUUUGUGCCUCUAAAAGUGUCGGAGUUUGCUUGGCAAGUUAUUCAAAACAAAUUCCCGUCUAAAGAAAAUCUUGUUAAGAGAGUGUUUGCUGUACAACACUGUUAUGAGGCUUUGUUACGGGGCUUUGGAGCUCGUCGUCACACUCUGUUUCAUAAUGAGUUUAGCUCGGCUCGAAAUCUCGAUGAUCUCAAGCCCGAACGCCGAGCUCGUGACCCGUGGUUAAGGUGGCAGCAGGAGCAAAAUUGA